AUGGCUACACCAUCUACUUCUGACACGCCGGCUACUUCUGCAUCCCGCAAAUAUAACCUCCGCAAUCCGCUUCCUCUCUCUGCAUCCCAAGAACAAGAAGUCAAGAAGCUCUACUACAAGCGUGUACGAAGCCACUGUGCUCCCGAGAUUAAGGCCUUCGCCGAAUGCGCCGUCAACCGAACCGUCACCGCAACAUGGAUCUGUCGCACACAGCGUCUAACUAUGAACUCAUGCAUGCUCGCCCAUGCGAUUCCAGAGGAAGAAGACCGCGCACGCGAGGAAUGGUUCUCAACAUAUGAGGAACGACGCCGUCAGAAGGAAGAGGAAUUCGUUCUUGUGGAAAAGCGGCGUGCGGAGGUCAUCCGCAUGAUGCGUGAAGAUGAGGCACGGAGUAAAGAGAAGGCUCAAGGGAAAUGA